ACAGCUCCUGAAAAAGAGAGAGGCAAGAGAUCAAGCAAGGAUGAAGAAAUUCAGUGAGGGUCUAUGCCUUGUGCUGAAGAUGAUGGAGUGGUUUUCUCCAGUAUUAGAGUAACACGCAAAGAAGGAACAGCUGUGGUGGCAGAUGCAGAGAAUGCCUCAGUUUGGUUAACAGGAACACUGGGAGAAAAGAUACCACCUUUUACUUCUGCAGCCUGGUGGAGGACAGGUAGAAAUAAAGGGAUUGGAUUAAAGCACAAGGCUCCCACCCAGCUCCCUGCCUAUGACUCACUAAAAUGCAGCUUAGCCAGUGAUCAAGCUGCGAGGGGCCUUGAUCACACACUGGGACUCCAGGCCUGUCCUUCUGCUCUGACCCUGCAGCUGGAGGCGCCGCUGGGAGCAUGAGUGUGGGAAGGAUCAACCGCUACAGCAUUGUGUCAUCUGAGGAAGAGGGCCUCCGCCUCACUACCAUGCAUGGCAUGAACGGCUUUGGUAAUGGCAAGAUCCACACACGCCGCAAGUGCCGCAACCGUUUUGUCAAAAAGAAUGGCCAGUGCAACGUGCAGUUUGCCAAUAUGGACGACAAGUCACAACGCUACAUGGCUGACAUCUUCACCACAUGUGUUGAUAUUCGCUGGCGAUGGAUGUUGGUAGUCUUCACGCUUGUGUUUGUUGUCUCCUGGCUGGCAUUCGGCUUAGCCUUUUGGGUCAUUGCUUUGCUGCAUGGUGAUUUAGAUAACCCAGCCGGAGAUGACAACUUCACUCCAUGUGUCCUGCAGGUCAAUGGAUUCGUGGCUGCCUUUCUAUUCUCCAUUGAAACACAGUCAACCAUAGGUUAUGGCUACCGCUGUGUGACUGAGGAGUGCCCAGUGGCUGUCUUCAUGGUGGUCUUCCAGUCCAUCGUGGGCUGCAUCAUUGACUGUUUCAUGAUUGGCGCCAUCAUGGCCAAGAUGGCGAGGCCUAAGAAGCGAGCACAAACACUGUUGUUUAGCCACAAUGCUGUCAUUGCCAUGCGGGAUGGAAAGCUGUGCCUCAUGUGGAGGGUAGGGAAUCUUCGCAAGAGCCACAUUGUAGAGGCCCACGUCAGGGCACAGCUCAUCAAACCUCGGAUCACUGAUGAGGGAGAAUAUAUUCCUCUAGACCAGAUAGACAUUAAUGUGGGCUUUGAUAAAGGCUUGGACAGGAUUUUCUUGGUUUCACCCAUCACAAUUCUCCAUGAGAUAGAUGAGGAGAGCCCCCUUUUUGGGAUCAGCAAACAGGACUUGGAGACAGCAGACUUUGAGAUUGUCGUCAUCUUGGAGGGGAUGGUUGAAGCAACCGCCAUGACCACACAGGCUCGCAGCUCCUACUUGGCCUCUGAGAUCCUCUGGGGCCACCGGUUUGAGCCAGUCUUGUUUGAGGAGAAGAACCUGUACAAGGUGGAUUACUCUCACUUUCACAAAACCUACGAGGUGCCGUCCACCCCCCGCUGCAGUGCCAAGGACAUGGUGGAGAACAAGUUCCUAGUUCCAAGCUCUAACUCCUUCUGUUACGAAAAUGAGCUGGCCUUCCUGAACCGAGAUGAUGAGGAGGAGGAUGUAGGUGGUGGGAGCAGGGCACUGGCGAACCUCAGUCCAGAUCGGAACAGCCGACAUGAGUUUGAACGCUUACAGGCCAGCAGGGCACUGGAUCAAAGGUCAUAUCGUAGAGAGUCUGAAAUAUGACCUCUACCCAUUGACCCAGGGUCAACUUCAAUAACUUUAACCAAGGGUAAUAAUGCAGAACAAUGCAAAGUGCCAUAGGAAAAGCUGACUACUGUGAAAGAUUGGUAAAGAAAUAGGACAACAAUAAAAGGGACAAUAAAAGGGAGGAAAAGGAAAAGUACACAGCUUAGAAAUUGUGGUAAGGAAUGUCUACAAUCAAGGAAAAGGCUAGAGAAAGACCUUCUUCCUUCAUGGAAACUUGAAUCUUUUUUCACAUGGUCAUUUUGAGUUGAGAGUGUUCAAUGAUAGUGCAUCAAAAAACUUAUGACAGAAUCUUAUAUUCAAAUUUUAGGUGUAAAUACAUUGCUUAGGUAAGUUAUGUUUUGUGUGCAGUAUCAGUUUCCAAAACACCUCUAAAAAAUAGAACUUGCUAUUUCAAUUUGUUCUUGGGCACAAAUAACAGUGUUACAAGGCUUCUCUUAAGCUCUCCUUGCAUUGCUGUAAUGUGCUGGACCUGCGUUCAGUGACACAUUGAAAAUUCAUGCAGUGCAAUAUUCAGAUGCAAUGAGCCAUGAUAAAACAUCUGACCAUGAGCCACUGAGAACAACAUAAUUCAACACCUUCAUUUUAGUAUUGGUGUGAUCCCAAAAUCUACCAACACAGGGGGGAAUAGGCAAAAUAAACUGCACUAUGAAGAACAUAGAGGAAAAUGCUGAACAGAAAUAAAACUGUAAACAGAAACACUGUUAUAUAAUCUUGUAAUGCCUCAUAUUUUAAUCUUGUCUUAAAAACAAAUAUCUUAUGAUCCACCAACAUCAUGAUUUGGCUGCGCUGGCCUACAAACAUUGCUAAGUAGUCAGGGAAACAAAACUAAAGCACAAAUAGUAGACAACGAAAUUCAAUAAGCAUUUUGUAGUUUCACAAAAUUUUAUUUCUGCAAGAAACAGGUUGCAAUAUCCAGGUCUGUACUGAUAAAAUUGAUGUAUUAAUAAUAGCAAUUUGUACUUCACUACCCCACUAAGAAAUGCACCUUAGAAUCUACCUUUACUUUCACAACUUGAAAAUUAAUCUAAUAAACUAAGUUUUCUUUCACCUCAUAUGGUAACUGAGAAUUAACAAACUGGCAUAAAUUGAUCACACUUAAUGUGCUUUUGUUCUCUUUAAAAAUGAAUCUAUGCAUAUUGUUACACCGUAUCAGGGGACAGAAAUCCUAUUCUGUGCGAGAUGAAAUAAUGUAAUGACAUUGCUUUAGUCAAUGCCUAAUGCUUAAGAGAACAGCCAGUGGAUAAAGAGUAGGAAUUGUGUUCAUCAAAUCUAUUUAACAAGAGUUAAAAUAUUAAUCAAAUAUAAUAAAUACACAUAAUUAAAUAUAUUCCAAAAUUUCACAUAUCACUAAAAAUUAUCCAAACGUGGACUGUUAGAAUGCAAGAAUGAGAAUUUUUGAAAUGUAAAGUUUGGGUGUUUCUCACCCAGCAAGCAUCCAUUCCAAAUGCUUUAAUGAACAAGCAUCAUAAGGGCAAAUGUGUCUGCAACACUUUGCAUUAUGGUUAUAAGGUUAGGAUUGUCCAAACAUAUUAGCCAACUUACAGUAGCUGAACCUACAUUUCUAUUCAUUUUCAUCAACAGUGAGUAAAUUUAACUGCUCUUUUUAUUGUUACUAGAAGAUCUCUGUUUCAAAUUGUACCUGGGUUACAGACUAAAGACAAGACUAAAUAUUACUGAAUGAUUAUAUGACAAGUGUAUCCUUUAAUGAGUCAGCUUCUUCUUUUUUUCCCUCCUCAUAUUGAUUCCUCUGGCAAUUACAAACAUCACACACUGUAGACAGCUAAAUUGAUUUUAGCAAUAUGCUAAUACAGCGAGUUAAGACACUGGAUCAAGGUCUGAAUGGAAGCAAUAAACACUGAAGCACACCUUUCGGAAUAAUUUUAAUAAGCGUAUUCCUAAUGAUUCUUUUAAUACACUGAAUUCUAUCAAGAUAAUAAGUGAAAGGAAUUAUGUGAGGCAAAUGACCCUACUUUUUUUUUUUUUUUUUUUUUUUAGCUUUUAUUGUACUUGUAUGCAUAUGAUUUUUCUGUGGAGAUAAACUCAGAUUUGAUACCAAAGUAAUGGAGUGUAGCUCAGACUUAAGCUUUGAAGUGAUUGUUCCCAUUGUAAUCUUCCUAAAACAGUUUGGAAUGAUCCUGAAAAAUGGGUAGUCUUAUUCCAAAAAGGUGUCUGAAUCUCCAGUUUGGCAUUAAAGAUUUACAUCAUUCCUAAAAAUACACCAUUAAUUAAAGCAAAUCCCUGAACAAUCAAAAGUCAAAACCAAAUCAACUAAAACUUUAAGUUGUAGUUAUAGAUUCAAUCAUUAGCUAUCACUAUAUACAGUAGUUUAAGAGACAAAAUGAAGAUGCAUGACAGCGUUUUUCUUUGGCAUGGACAAUAGCAUUUUUAUGAUCCCUUAUUCUAGAUACCUAGUCAAAAUUUAUCAUUCAAACCUCAACAUGUUUAUGUUGUGUCACAAAAAAAAAAAUAUUUAUCAAGUCAGUCAGUUUAUCUAUUACCUCACCAAAAUGUGGAUGUCAUGUCCCUGUGAAAUCAUUUUAGUUGACUUUCACACAUAAAAGAUUACAUAUGUGUAAAGAUGAAAACCUACAGGAUGUGGUGACAAACUCCAACAUGAAAACGAGGAGAACCAUAACAAUGGUUGUUAUGUUGGUCACAAUGACUAAUAUUUUCCUAAUAGUCAUUUAACUAGCGAUAUGCUUGACUCUGUGAUAUUUCUUGGUUAUGUGUUGCUUUUUUAGAAAACUGUAGUUUGUAGUAAAAUAUAAAGAGCAUUUUUUUUUUUUUUUUUUUUUUUUUUUUUGUUUUGUUUUUUGGCUACUAAGUAAAGCGUUCUUUGCCCAGCCCAACAUUUAUUAUGCUCAUUGCCUUCUGGGAAGGUUCUAUACACUGAUGUGUGAAGUCUCUGCACCUACUCACAAAUUUCAGUGGCAAAAAAAAAAAAAAAAAGAAAAAAGAAAAAGUGAAGCGUCAUCAGCUUCUACGCUGCAUCACUGAAAUGCAUAGCUCAAUCAUUUCUACUGAAUAUUUUUUGGAGAUUGUUUUAGCUUUGAUGUUGCCCACCUGAGCCCUUAAAAAAGCAACACAUAAAAGUUUUAGAUAAAUAGGUUUAUAGUGUAAAAAGCAUAGUAACCUUAUAAAAAUGAUAAUAGGGAGCAGUCAGGCUGAACAAACCUGCUUAUUUUUAUACAAAGUUCUUUUUGAUAGACUAUAGCAAUCAAUAUUUAUCUGUUUUUAUCAGAGUACUACAAUGAAGUCACUAUUGAGAGGCAACAAUAUGAUCCUUGUCUCCGUUUUCAAUGAUUUAUGAUUCUGUUGUUUCAUUUCAGCACAAAUACUCAUGAUUAAACUGGUAUUUCUCUUAAAGGGAUGAUUGGAAAAACCUUUGACCUCUGUAGAAGUCUUCCUAUGUCCAGCGAAAUGUCUACUGGGCUUUUGAGUUUAAUUCAAAGUCAUUUAAAUUAUUCAAUUAAAAACUAAC